AGAUGCAGCAGAAUCUAAAAUGGCGUCCGGAGAAACAAACAAGAGCUGCAGUCGGAGUGAAUUCAACGAUAACGGCAGAACGAACCGCCGCCGGGACUCACACAGGAAGCAGUCAUCAUGCUUUGAGGUUGUGACCUCGCCGGCUCUGUGACCACGAGGAGGAGGAGGAGGAGGAGGAGGAGGAGAUGGCGGCUGAACUUUUCUCCACCAGCCUCCCUCACAGUAACGAGGUGGAGGUGAAGAAAAGUUACAUCCAGCCAAAUGAACCAGAGCCAACGGCCAGUAACCACAACGACGGCGGCGACAACGGAGUGGGCGUUCAACCGAACAUCAACAACAACGAGAGAGAGGAGAGAGAAGGCUGGCAGGAAGCACAGCCCACACUGAGAGAGAGAAAUGCUCUGAUGUUCAACAAUGAGCAGAUGGCUGAUGUUCACUUCAUCGUCGGCCCUCCAGGAGACACUCAGAGAAUUCCUGCUCAUAAGUACGUCCUUGCCGUGGGCAGCUCUGUCUUUGGGGCCAUGUUCUAUGGAGAUCUGGCUGAGGGACAAUCUGAGAUCCACAUCCCUGAUGUAGAGCCAGCUGCUUUCCUGAUUCUGUUAAAGUACAUGUAUAGCGAUGAGAUCGAGUUGGAGGCGGACACAGUGCUCGCCACACUCUACGCUGCCAAGAAGUACAUCGUUCCUGCUCUGGCAAGGGCCUGUGUCGCCUUCCUUGAGACGAGUCUGGAGGCGAAGAACGCCUGUGUCCUGCUGUCUCAGAGCCGGCUGUUCGAGGAGCCAGAGCUGACGCAGCGCUGCUGGGAGGUGAUUGACGCUCAGGCCGAACUGGCUUUGCGAUCCGAAGGCUUCUGUGAGAUCGAUCUGCCCACGCUGGAGAUCAUCCUGCAGAGAGAUUCACUCAAUGUCCGCGAGGUCCUGAUCUUCCAGGCGGCGCUGAGCUGGGCAGCAGCUGAGUGUCGACGUCAGGGCCUGGCUGUGACCCCCAGGAACCAGCGGGUGGUGCUGGGUAAGGCUCUGUACCUGGUCCGGAUCCCCUCCAUGACGCUGCAGGAGUUUGCUGAUGGGGCAGCGCAGUCGGACAUCCUGACGCUGAAAGAGACUCAUGACGUCUUCCUAUGGUUCACUGCCUCCCACAAACCCAGACUGGAGUUCCCGCUGGUGAAGCGGGCCGGCUUGGCACCGCAGAGGUGCCACCGCUUCCAGUCCUCAGCCUACCGCAGCAACCAGUGGCGCUACAGAGGGCGCUGCGACAGCAUCCAGUUCGCAGUGGACCGGCGGAUCUUCAUAGCCGGACUCGGCCUGUAUGGGUCGAGCGGCGGCAAGGCUGAGUAUAGCGUGAAGAUUGAACUGAAGAGGCAGGGAACCAUUCUUGCCCAGAAUCUUACCAAGUUCUUGUCCGACGGAUCAAGCAGCACCUUCCCUGUGUGGUUUGAACACCCAGUCCAGGUAGAACAGGACACCUUUUAUACGGUCAGUGCCGUCCUGGACGGAAACGAGCUCAGUUACUUUGGUCAGGAGGGGAUGACCGAGGUGCAGUGUGGGAAAGUGACCUUCCAGUUCCAGUGCUCAUCGGACAGUACAAACGGGACCGGUGUGCAGGGAGGGCAGAUCCCUGAACUGGUCUUUUACGGCUGAACCAGAACUGGGACUUAAGAUCUUUAAUCAGUGAUUGAGACUGCUGCAGUAAAACAGAAGCAGAUUGGCUGUUGUAAUAGAACUUAAAGCUGAUUGGUUUGUUUAAUGUCUGAACAUUAAAGUGACUAAAACUCA